AUGAAAGGAAUUACCUUUGUCUCAUUGAUGCUUGUGAAUUGCAAAGUAUGUGACAGGCUGGUGAAGCAAGUGUCAUCUUGGCAGGUGCUCAACAGUUACGCGAAGCUCCUAGCAAGAGAAGCUACUGACUCAUCCGAACCCAGUGCGAAAAGGAUGUUUGUGAUCCCCUCGUAUACAGCAGUGUUAUGGGAUGCUGGAAUGUAUGAUAGAUACAUGUAUACAAAGGUUGAUUUUACCCAGUUUGACUUUGUGGUAGUUCCAUGGAACAAAAAUGGCAACCACUGGGUAGUUAUUGUGGCUCGGCCUAAAGAUUUGACUGUGGCAGUUCAUGGCUCCCUUGGUGCAGACAACCGUCCUCUGAUUGACAGAUUCUGCAAUUUUAUGAGUGAAAGGUUGAAGAUAGUCAAUGAUGGCCUUCAGCAUUGGGAACCAGUUUCUUCCACAACAAAUCAACAAACUGAUGGCUCGAGUUGUGGGUUGUUUGUUUUGAUGCUUCCACAAUUGUUGGUAGAUAAAGAACAAACACAGCAUAUAAGAAGAAACGCUGCUAUUGUCAUGGGCCCGAUUGUCAAGGGCAUGCCAGAAAACAUCAACAUACUGGUAGAGAAGCGGUGGUAG